AUGGCCAUCACUCGGAGAAACCAAAGGAGGCAAAGGGCUCCCGCCCCCUCCAACCGCUCGAGAGCGCCAUCCCCCGAGGUAGCUGACGAGACGGCCGGAGACCCUCGUCUAGUUCCCAUGCUUUCGGCCCGUAACCAGCAUGUCCUCGAGGAAACUAAUCCUCGAGAAGCGGCGAGUGCUGUGAAUCUCAGGAUACCUCGAGAGAGGACUGCUCCAACCCCAGGGGGUCCUCCACUCCUCGAGCAUACCAGUCCUCAACCGGUCACCCAGCAGGACCUUCAGCAACUAGCUGAUCGUCUCAGCGACAACUUCGAACGUGGCCUCCGAGCUCUAAUGCUAAAUUUCCAAGUGGGAGGGGAAGGAACUUCGAACAGGGCCCCUCCACCUCCGCGGCCUCAGCUAACUGUAGGUCGUCAUCAAGCGGAUAACCAAGACCAGCCACAGGUCAUUGCCCUCGACCCCCCGGGCUCAUCACGGGUGUCUCGACGGGCAGCCCAGGCCGCCCCCGGAAAAGAUUAUGCCCGACAUGUCAUCAACGAACGUUACAGGAGGAAUGGUAAUCGUGACGCCAUGGAAGUCCUAAAUGAAAGAAGGGCCCAGUCAAAGGCAAAGGACGUCAACCCCAGCCCUAACAGGGAGCAGAGAGAACCUCGAGAGAGGGAACCUCGAGAGAGGGAACCUCGAGAGAGGGAACCUCGAGAGAAAGAACCUCGAGAGCGGGAGAAACAGGGAAAGGAGCCUCAGGACGAGAAGAGCCUCGGCACGAGAAAGAGCCUCGGCGCCGAUGGGGCCAUAGGCAGCGGUCGUCGAGCUCCGAGUCCAGUCAUGAAUCAAGUAUUCAAAUGGGGAAUCUUGGAUUCACCACGCCAUUCAACGAGAAUAUUAUGA